AUGGUACAGCUUACCGCUUAUGGUGGUCGCGACGACCAUAUCUACCGCGCCGCAAUCAUGCAAUCCGGCGGUCCAAUUCUCUAUGGCGCUCAAGGCGGUGCAAACAAGACCCAAGCGGCUUUCGACCAGAUCGUCUCUCAAGUUGGAUGCGCCUCGUCUACUGACCGCCUCGAGUGCCUGCGAGCGGUUCCAUUCAGCUCACUGAAUGCGACCAUGAACGGGAACCUCUCAUCAACAGCUGGGUUUGGAGUAGUGACAGACGGUGACUUCGUUCAAGAUUACGGCAGUGCACAACUCGGCCGCGGGCAGUUUACUAAAGUACCCAUCAUAAUUGGCGCCAAUAGCGAUGAGGGCGCCUCUUUCGGCACGUAUGGAAUCAAUACAACUGAUCAGUUCGAGGCCAGCCUGUCCGCUCUUCCCGAAUCUUACAGGAAGGAUUUACUGAAGGCUUAUCCCGACGACUUGCGCGUUAACGUCAUCCAAAGCCUCGGAGCCCAGCGACCAGCACCUCAAUUUGGAUAUCAGUUCCGACGCGUCGCGACGUACAGUGGUGACUACGUGUUUAUCGCACCGGCAAGAAAGACUGCCCAUACCUGGGCCUCUCACGGGCUGCUUACUUACAAAUUCCGCUUCAACGCCGAUCAGAAAGUGUUCGCUCCUGAACUGCGCGUCAGCCACUUCAAAGAGAUCCCGUUCGUGUUCCGAAACAUCGAAGGCGUGGGAUCUAGGCCUGAUAUCAAGCCGUUCACAGGGUUAGGACAGAACUACAUUGACCUGGCGUACUUCAUGAGCUCAACCUGGGCCAGCUUCAUAUAUGACCUAGACCCAAAUACUUGGGAGGGGAGAAGCAAGAAGAUUCCGCGAUGGCCGAAAUAUAAUGUUCGCGACCCACAGGAUUUUGUGUUCGAGGCGAACGUGACGAGUCAUGCUGAGAGAGAUACUUAUAGGAAGGAAGGGAUGGAUUUGAUCAACAAGAACGCUGUUGAAGUCUAUUCGAGGUAA